AUUCCAAAAGUAAAAUUGGGAAAAAUUAGGAGAGAUUGGUAAGGUGGUGGUGGGCUCGCCGUUUUCAAACCCCUACAUUCCCCUAAAUUUCUCGUCUCAUCGGAUCUAAACCUUUGCAGCGAUCCAAAUCCAUAUACGCCGGCCGAGCUAAGAGCUGUCUUUCGCGCGAGAAAAAUGUGGGGAAUCGUUCGGAAAAAAGUUGGAGCUGGAGCCUCCUGUAUUCUGACUUCCGGCCAGGCUUUGCAGAGGCUUCGCCCUGCCGCCUCAGCAUCGAGAUACUAUUCAUCUGCCGCAAAAGAGAUGACUGUGAGAGAUGCUCUAAACUCUGCACUUGAUGAAGAAAUGUCUGCUGAUCCUAAAGUUUUUCUGAUGGGUGAAGAGGUUGGAGAAUAUCAGGGUGCCUAUAAGAUAACCAAAGGGCUUCUGGAGAAAUAUGGUCCUGAGAGGGUUCUUGAUACCCCAAUCACAGAGGCUGGGUUUACUGGUAUUGGCGUUGGCGCUGCUUACCAUGGUCUGAAGCCUGUUGUGGAGUUUAUGACAUUUAAUUUCUCUAUGCAGGCCAUUGAUCAUAUCAUUAAUUCUGCGGCAAAAACAAAUUAUAUGUCAGCUGGACAAAUUUCUGUGCCAAUUGUCUUUAGAGGACCCAAUGGUGCAGCUGCUGGUGUUGGUGCGCAGCACUCUCAGUGUUAUGCAGCAUGGUAUGGCGCCUGUCCUGGCUUGAAAGUCUUGGCCCCAUAUUCAUCUGAAGAUGCUCGUGGGCUUUUAAAAGCUGCUAUAAGGGAUCCAGACCCUGUGGUGUUUCUUGAAAAUGAAUUAUUAUAUGGUGAAUCCUUCCCUGUUUCAGCGGAGGUCCUUGAUUCCAGUUUCACUGCUCCCAUAGGAAAAGCUAAGAUUGAGAGAGAAGGGAAGGAUGUGACCAUUACUGCUUUUUCGAAGAUGGUGGGAUAUGCACUUAAGGCAGCUGAAGUACUUUCCAAAGAAGGAAUUAGUGCUGAGGUUAUAAACCUGCGCUCUAUUCGACCACUAGACAGAGCCACAAUUAAUGCUUCAGUUAGGAAGACCAACAGAUUAGUAACAGUUGAAGAAGGGUUUCCUCAGCAUGGCGUUGGAGCUGAGAUCUGCACAUCUGUUGUCGAGGAAAGUUUUGGCUAUCUUGAUGCACCGGUGGAGAGGAUUGCAGGGGCUGACAUUCCCAUGCCUUAUGCAGCCAAUCUCGAAAGGAUGGCUGUCCCUCAGGUUGAGGACAUCAUUCGAGCAGCAAAAAGAGCAUGCUACAGGGCUGUACCAUUGGCGGCUUCCGGUUGAUUUUACUCUUCCAAUCUUGAAAAAAAUUUCCAGCUUAGGGAUGCAGGAAAUUGUACAUUGUUUCUGUGAUGGUGUCUGAUCUGGGGACGUAACCAAGUUGUUAAAAUGACUUGGGAGAAUGUUGUCAAAGACGGGAAUUUCAUUUUUGUCAACUCUAUUCGAUAGUCACAUGCUUCUUCUUCUGCUUUGCGCUACUGAUCAUUUGCUUGUCUUGUAAGUUUGAAUCUUCCAUCGGUCUUGGUUUUACAUUAUGUCCACACCAAAUGGACCUACUGAUUUUACAUACAUACA